AUGGAGGAGCCAUCACAAGAACAGAGGAAGUUAGUGAAGACUUAUACCACUCCUUUGCCAUACCCUCAAAAGUUGCAAAAGGAGAUCAAAGACCAACAGUUUCCAAAGUUCUUAGAAGUGUUUAAGAAGUUGGAAAUCAACAUUCCACUUGCUGAAGCUCUAGAACAGAUGCCUCUAUAUGCAAAGUUCCUCAAAGAGCUCAUCAACAAGAAAAAAAGCUGGAAUGAGAAAGAGACAGUGAUUCCAACCCAAGAGUGCAGUGUUGUCAUCCAAGAAGGCCUCCCACCAAAACUCAAAGACCCUGGGAGCUUUUACUUGCCCUGUGACCUUGGUAGCAUAAUUAUUGAUAAGGCACUGUGUGAUUUGGGAUCCAAUAUCAACCUAAUGCCUAUGUGUAUGAUGAGAAGUCUGUGUAUAGAAGAAGUGAAACCUACACAGAUGAGAAAGGGGAAUGACUCACUGAAAUUAGGAAGACUUUUUUUAGCAACAGCAAGAGCCAUUAUUGAUGUGGAGAAAGAAGAGAUGACCCUCAGGGUGAAUGAUGAAAAGAUAAUCAUCAAUGUCUUCAAAGCCAUGCAGUAUCCUCUAGAGAAGGAAAAGCACAUGAGAGUGGAAAUAAUAGAAGAAGUGGAGGAGGAACUACUGGAAGAUAACAACCAGGAAGAACAAGAAGUGGAAAUAGAGGUGGAACAAGGUUUCAUAGAGGAGGAAGUGGUAGAAAUAUCCUUUGAAAGCAAGGCAGAUGAGAAGCCAAAGCAAUAG